AUGAAUUUAAUGAUAUUAUUGUUGGCUGUUGCGGGUUCUUAUGCGAUUUUAGGUGACAGUUUUGGAGACGAGAAAUCGGAUGACUCUAGACUUAACAAAGUAGAAGAUUUAUUGAUGGAUCAAAACGAGCGAAUUCGAAAUUUGGAGGAAAUCGUUUCAAAUCAGAAGACUGAAAUUCAUGUGUUAAAGGACGAAAUGAAAAAGCUUAAAAGCAGAGAAAAAAAUCGUGCUGGUAAAAUCUCAACCCUUAUGGACAUUCUAUCAAAAGCAAAAAUACCUGUACCAUUUGCAAACAGUGGAUAUAUGGGCGAAUCUACGACGACAAUACUGAAGAAAGACGUACCUUUAAGUACCCAUCACGAAAAACGACUUCUGCAGGGUGCAGUAGCUUUCUAUGCAUAUAUGAAUCACACUGAAGUAUCUCCAAGCACGCACCAUACUAUCAUUUUCGACAUCGCUAUAACGAAUGAGAACAAUGGCUACCAUCCGUAUUCAGGAGUUUUUAUAGUUCCAGUGAGCGGAGUAUAUGUUUUCACUUUCAGUAUAAGAGUGGAUUGUCGUGGUCAGGGGGCCUUUGAGAUUGUGAAAAAUGAUGCAGUAGUUGGCGUUGUAAAUGCCGAGCUACAUUUGACAUGUAUCCAGGAUCACAUUGGGGCGACGAUCGUUAUUAAUGCCAAUAAGGGAGACGAUGUCUAUAUUAGAACACAUUCAACAUUGCAUCGUACAGGAGACAUAGUUAGCGAUGAAACUGGAAGAUCCUCCUUUGCUGGAUGGCUGAUUUCAUAG